GCACAACAUCACAUCCUAUUGGUAAAUAUAAUUGUGUAAUCCAGCACUUGGAAGGUGGAGGCAGAGGAUCAGGAGUUCAAGGCCAACCUCAGUUACAUAAUGAGUUGGAGACCAGGCUAGGCUAUAUGAAAUUCUGUCGCAAAAAUGUUCCCAAGAUCAGACAUUGUCGCUGCAUCCAGAUCUGUCCUGGGUGCUGCUCACUGCCCUCACGGGAACCCGGCCUGCGACUUGCAGAGAUCCCUCUUCCCUGGACCCCCGCCCCCCAACUACAGCCAAUUUGGUAUUACAGUCAGUGGCCUUUUCUCUGCUUUGACCCGCAGAAGGGACGUGGUGAAGGCUCAACCUUGAGAUUGCCAGGCAGACACAACAAGGGGUGGGGACACCGCAGGCAAGGGUGGAGCCAAAUAGGUGAUAUCCCAGCACAGGACCCUGACCAGGGCUGUUAGUGCUUGGAGCUUCUGCAGGGUGUGCUCAUGGACCGCACUGUGGUACUUAUCACUGGCUGCUCCUCGGGCAUCGGGCUGCAUCUUGCUGUCCGUCUGGCUUCAGACGCAUCCCAGAGCUUCAAAGUGUAUGCCACGCUGAGGGACGUGAAGGCGCAGGGCCCACUGCUGGAGGCUGCCCGGGCUCGGGGAUGUCCCCCUGAAUCGCUGGAGAUACUGGAGUUGGAUGUGAGGGACACAGGAUCAGUGGCCACUGCUCGGGCACGCGUGACCGAGGGUCGUGUAGAUGUGUUGGUGUGUAAUGCGGGCCGGGGCCUGAUGGGGCCUCUCGAGGCGCACGAGCUGGACGCAGUGGGCUCCGUCCUGGAUGUAAAUGUGGUUGGCACGGUGCGGAUGCUGCAGGCUUUUCUGCCCGACAUGAAGCGGCGCGGCUCUGGGCGGGUGCUGGUGACCGCAAGCAUGGGCGGCUUGAUGGGGCUACCCUUCCAUGCCAUUUACUGUGCCAGCAAGUUCGCGCUUGAAGGUUUGUGUGAGAGUCUGGCGAUCCUGCUGCUGCCCUUUGGAGUCCACGUGAGCCUCAUCGAGUGCGGCCCGGUGCAGACGGCCUUCCACGAGAAGCUGGAGGGCGGCCCGGGCGGGUCCCUGGAGCGCGCCGACGCCCAGACGCGCCGCCUCUUCUUGAACUACCAGCACCACUACCAAAAGAUCUUGAGCGAGGGCCAGGACCCGGAGGAGGUGACGGAGGUCUUCUUGACCGCGCUCCGAGCCCAGAAGCCCGCGCUGCGCUACUUCAGCACUGACCGCUUCAUGCCCCUGGCGCGCCUGCGCCUGGACGACCCCAGCGGCAGCAGUUACGUUGCCGCCAUGCACCAAGCAUCCUUCCCAGACCUGCAGACCCAGGAGGUGACCAAUGCUGAGGCACAGGGGGACCCACAAUCCUCGUCUCCUCCCGCCUCCCCGAAAUAAAGGCUUUGUCCACC